AUGGAAUAUCCGGCUGUAUCGGAGUGCCUUUGGAAGCAAGCGAGCGGUCGCUAUGCAAUCCAUAAGUUCCACUGGCCUUUUAUGGUCUCGGCUUACUACAAAAACAGUCAGAUCCGCGAGUCACCUCAUAUUACAGAGUAUGAAAUCCAUUCCGGAAUAGUGCGGCUGGAACCCGAUUUCUUUGAGCCGUAUUUCAUGAUUUGA